AUGCUUCCAGGUCUAGUCUUUGACACCAAUGGUGGCCGUACGGGCAUUUGCUGGGGUGCACCUGACGGUCUUGGAUGCGGUGUCUUUGUUGCGGGGCCUGUAGGGUGCACUAGAACCACCCAGCAGAUGAAAGCAGCAUUCAACAACAUUAGGGCCUAUGACUGUAAGAUAUGCGGCACUGUUACGGACGAUGAUAAUGGUAACGACAAUUGUCAGAUCAAAAUUGACUACGUCACUGGAUGCAACAACCACAACUAA